AUGACUUCUACACACUGUAAGUCUGCCGUCACACUAUUCUACCGUUCUCCCUGGUCAAAUAAACUGGGUUGUAUUUUAUCACUCACUCUCCCUCCGCUCUUGCUCUCCUCCUCCUUUCAGAUCUCUCACUCCUCUCAGUGCUCGUGGUGUUGGUAGUUAAUGGGAGUCCCGUGCCCAGCGCGCCCUCUGAGCUCCCGACGUCCGGAUGGACCUCUGGAGAGGAGCUCGCGGUAGAAUCGUUCUCCGGUGAACCGGGCGCGCCCCCGAAAUGGAAGAAGGUAAUCAAGCUGCUCAUUCAGGAGGUGAUCAACUUCCGAGACCAACAGGUGAGUUGUUUUUAGAUUUACUUUUGAUUGUAUUAUAAAUGGCUCUUUAAACGUUAUAAUUGAAAACAACAAUACUAACAUUGAAAAUAAUAAAUUAAACCAAUCUGAAAAGUAUAACUUUUAUUCCUCCUUGUGUUGUAGUUUGUGGAGGAGUUUCAGAAGCCUGUGGAAGAGAUGUCAUCAUUCCUACAGUACCAGGUCCCCUCCAUCCCCACACACCUCUCCAAGACCCCCUGCUCCACAUCAAACUACAACAAGGUAAAGAUGAAGUUGAAUGAAUGAAUGGCUCAGACCUGUGUCUGGAAUUCAGUCCAAAUCAUGAAGCCAAGGUUUCCUUUUGUGAUCAAAAUGAAAAAUCCUAUAAAUGAAACUGUGAGGUUGCAACAUGCAGACAUCUUUACUGGCUGACAUUCGGAGUCUGGUUUCUCUCCAUGUUUCUUCCAUCUAGAAUCUAGGGAGUAAAAAAUCAAUUUUUGAUGAAUUGAUUGACAGUGUUUGUUGUCCCCUCUCCUAUAGGAGGCAUGUCUACAGCAGAUCAGUCAUGGUCUACAGGUGUACCAGGUUCUUCUCCAGCACCUUAAGGCUGAAUACCCACAAUCCACCCUGCUCCCCUCUGCCAUGCACCAGACUACUGUCCUGAUAGGGCUGGUCAAAGACAAGGUAUGUAAUAGUAAUAUUAUGUUAUAAUACUACUUAAAUACCCUCAUAAUACUACUUAAAGGUGCAAUCCGCAGUUGAAACAACAACAACCCUUCUCACCACCACUGUUUCGGUAAAAAGCUGAGGGAUGGGGCUGGAGAAAUGUACCCACUAUCAAAUUCAUAGACAGAGCUAUGGAUGCAAGGACUGACCAUCCAUGAUAUCUAAAUGAAAUGUAAUCACUUUUUUUAAAUUUAUUUUUACAAACAUUGGAGUACAAAAUGGGUAUAUAUAUAUAAUGUAUUUAUAGGUCCUAAAAUGGAUGUAGCAAAUGCAGAUUGCUCCUUUAAAUACCCUUUUCUUUAGAAAGUUGACUUUCAUUGUGGUCCAUGGAUAGAUUUUCCCAGACUUGCUUUAGUUCCUCCAGAUGCCUAGGAUUUAGCAGUCUUGUGGCACACAGAUUACCUAAUGUAUUGUCUCUUUCUCCAGAUGAAGGCUGCUGAGGUAGUAGAGGACCUGUCUGCCAGUGAGAGGGAGCGUGUGCUGGGUGAGGUGUCUACAGGGACAGAGUGGGAGAGGAAGACUAGCGUUCACGCCAUCCUUAGUGAGCUACGUCACUUCCUGGUCGACACCAAGAUAACCCUCUAUAGCAUGGGGAAGAGGGGCAAAGGCUGGCAGUAACCAUGACAACACCAUGGUGGGAAGAGGUGUGUUAGAUCAGGCCUGGAGGAAAAACCUGCACUGAUGUGUCUUAUUCUCUGAAUCGGCUGUUUAUUUUUAGUUAUUUAAUGUAAUACUUGACUUAACUUGAAAACGGUCAGUUAUUUAUAUAUUUAUUCAUGUAUUUAUGGUUGAG